UUGGCUACCCGUAGAAACAAACAAACAAAAAAAAAGAAGAAAUUCGUUUAAAUUCCGCUUAGUCGGUAGGCAUAUAUAUGUAGUGUGAGAAACUUUGGAAAACAAAAAGCAAAACAAAACGAAGAGCGAAAGGCAGCACAACAAAAACUUCAAUUUGUGUCAUUAUAUUGGAUUGCAUGUAAAGGGAGUUAUAUAAAUCAUAAUUAUCAUAAACUGGAGCUGUUAAUUGGGCAUAAUCCUAAUUGAAUGCACAACACUUCAUCACCGGGAGAAAAAGCAGAUAAUGUCGGUGAAUAAUUUACCACCUCCGGAAUUUUUUUCUAUCACUCCUCCUUUAAUGGAUUUUGAGCAUGAACUGAUCUGGUUCGAUUUGACUGAGUCAUUUUCUCAGAGAAUCGAAUAUGAUAAGAGCAAUCACGUCAGCACCAAUACGCGCGAGUUAAUGGAAUUGGCCUUUAAUCAGCCUUUGAACUUGCAAGAUCAAAAAUUACUACUGAAUGAAUUGCAGAAGAAUCCAUUUUUCGUUUAUCAAAUUAAACUUUCUCCCUUAAAAUUACCACGAUUGGUCGAAAACAAUCCGUUAAUCUCAAUAGAAAUUUUGCUAAAGCUAAUGGAUUCACCAGAAAUUACAGAGUACUUUCACGUCCUAGUGAAUAUGGAUAUUACUCUGCAUUCGAUGGAAGUCGUUAAUAGACUGACCACUUCCGUUAAUUUGCCUACGGAAUUUCUCCAUUUGUACAUAAGCAAUUGCAUAUCAUCUUGUGAGACCGUUAAAGAUAAGUUUAUGCAAUCGCGUUUGGUGCGGUUAGUUUGUGUAUUCCUGCAAUCAUUGAUUCGUAACAAAAUUAUUAACGUGAAGGAAUUAUUUAUUGAAAUUGAGACGUUUUGUGUGGUUUUUAAUCGUAUCAAGGAAGCAGUGGCUUUAUAUCGUCUUCUCAAAUAUCAAUAAUCUUAGCAAUUUUAAAAACAACUACGUCGGGUUAUGUGGGAGGCUCACAUCGUAGGGCAAAUAUAGCCUCAUUUCACUUAUUUUCUAUUCAAAAGUUUAUUUCGAAUUGAUAUAAGGAUAUGUC